CACCACCCAUCACAGAAAACCCACAAAACCCAACUAUAGUUGCAGCAGUACUUUCUUACCUUUUUCAAAACCAUCCAAGUUCAUUAUAAUCUCCAUAUAUGGCUUCCUUAUUCUUUCUCUCCUUUCUCUCCCUCGUCCUCUCCCUUUCCUCAGCCACCAACGUCCCCCCUGCGAUCCGCCAGGCAUGCAAGGCCACCCGCUUCCCUAUCCCAUGCGAGACCUCUUUGAAACUUUCCCAACACGCGCCCUCCUCCAGUCCCACGUCUCUCCAGCUCAUCCAGUCUGCCAUCUCGAUCUCUUCCGACAACCUCCACACCGCCCAGUCCAAGAUCAAGUCCAUUUUGGACUCCUCCGCUGGGAACCAGAACCGCACCACCGCCGCCAAGAACUGCCUUGACUUCCUCCAUAUCGGCGACUACCGGAUCUCCCAGACUGCCAAGGAGGCAUUGCCACAUGGUAGGGUCAAGGACGCCAGGGCCUGGAUGAGCUCCGCGUUGCAAUUCCAAUUCGAUUGCUGGUCCGCGCUGAAUAAGGCCAACGACACGAAGACGGUGAAUGAGACGAUUUCGUUUAUGGACUCACUAACCGGGCUCACGAGCAACGCUCUGAGCAUGCUGUUCGCGUACGACGUUUACGGGAAGGAUACCGGGUCUUGGGCCCUGCCCAAGACAGAGCGCGACGGAUUCUGGGAGAGAAAUGGGGCGAGUGGUGGGUCGAUAGCGGGUUUCAAGGGCGGGGUUCCGACCAACUUAAAGGCGGACGUGACAGUGUGUAAGGAUGCCAGUAAGGGCGGGUGCUACAAGACGGUGCAGGAAGCUGUGAACGCGGCGCCCAACGGUGGGAAACGGAGGUUCGUGAUAUAUAUAAAGGAGGGGGUGUAUGAGGAGACGGUUAGAGUUCCGUUAGAGAAGAAGAACGUGGUGUUUCUGGGAGAUGGGAUGGGCAAAACGGUCAUCACAGGGUCGUUGAAUGUGGGCCAGCCGGGGAUUUCCACCUACAACUCUGCCACAGUUGGUGUUUCUGGUGAUGGGUUCAUGGCGAGUUGGCUCACAAUCCAAAACACGGCUGGUCCUGAUGCCCACCAAGCAGUGGCCUUCAGAUCAACCAGUGAUUUAUCUGUCAUUGAGAAUUGCGAAUUCUUGGGCAAUCAAGAUACGCUUUAUGCUCACUCCCUCCGCCAAUUCUACAAAUCAUGCCGCAUCCAAGGCAACGUGGAUUUCAUUUUUGGGUUCUCCGCCGCUGUUUUUCAAGAUUCCCAAAUCUUAGUUCGUCCACGGCAACUCAAUCCAGAGAAAGGCGAGGAUAACACCGUUACUGCACAUGGCAGAAUCGACCCCGCCCAAACAACGGGUUUUGUUUUUCAAAAUUGCUCUAUCAAUGGCACUGACAAAUACGUGGCAUUGUACAAAAGCAAACCCCAAGUACACAAGAAUUACUUGGGGAGGCCAUGGAAGGAGUACUCAAGAACAGUUUUCAUAAACUGCAACUUGGAAGAUCUUAUCACACCAGAAGGCUGGUUGCCGUGGAAUGGCGAUCUUGGAUUGAAAACUCUUUAUUAUGGGGAACUCCAAAAUUCUGGACGAGGUUCUAAUUUGUCCAAGAGGGUAACCUGGAGUAGCAAGAUCCCCGCGGGGAAAAUUUACACAUACUCUGUAGAGAAUUUUAUUCAGGGAAAUGAGUGGAUUCCAUCAUCUUAGUUCUGUAAAUAGACAGCAUUGACAACAGUUUUAUGUAAAAGCCAUUGGUUGUCUAAAUUUAGCCAAUAAAGAACAAAAAAGAGCUCCAACAUAUUGUAA